AUGGCUGUCUGGCUGUCCAUCAUCCCAGGCAGAAGAAAUGAGGACGGCCUUGAUGUGCUGCUGAAGGACAGAAGAGAAAAGAGCCGGGAGUUCUACCCAACAAAUCGGGAAAGGCUUCCCGAGGGAGUCAGGCCAGACCGGCUGUGCAGGACAGCCUGGCAGCUCGCGGGCUCUGCACCUCUCAGGCCCACUCCAGGGCAGCAGCGGACUCUGAGUGCCAAAGGACUGGCAAGUGGGAAGUUGGCUGAUAUGCUGGUAGAUAAAGUCCAGGUUCUAUACGGGGGGACAGACCUCUUUGAUUACGAGGUGCGCAGGACCUUCAACAAUGACAUGCUCCUGGCCUUCAUCAGCAGCAGCUGCAUCGCGGCCCUCGUCUACAUUCUCACCUCCUGCUCAGUGUUCCUGUCCUUUUUCGGGAUUGCCAGCAUUGGCCUCAGCUGCCUGGUGGCGCUCUUCUUGUACCAUGUGGUCUUUGGUAUCCAGUACCUGGGCAUCCUCAACGGCGUGGCUGCCUUUGUGAUAGUGGGCAUCGGUGUGGACGAUGUCUUUGUGUUCAUCAACACCUACCGCCAGGCCACCCACCUGGAGGACCCCCAGCUGCGGAUGAUCCACACCAUCCAGACGGCAGGCAAGGCCACGUUCUUCACCUCCCUGACCACAGCUGCUGCCUACGCAGCUAAUGUUUUCUCCCAGAUCCCGGCCGUCCACGACUUCGGCCUGUUCAUGUCUCUCAUUGUGUCCUGCUGCUGGCUGGCUGUGCUGUUCACCAUGCCGGCCGCCCUGGGCAUCUGGAGCCUUUACAUGGCACCGCUAGAGAACGCCUGCCAGACCAGCUGCCACCAGAAGUGUGGCCGCAAGAGCUCCCUGCACUUGCCCGGGGAUGUGUUCGCCACUCCUGAGCGGGCUGGGGGCAGCCCUGCCCAGGGCCCCAUGCCCUACCUGGAUGAUGACAUCCCCUUGCUGAACGUUGAGGAGGAGCCAGUGUCGCUGGAGCUGGGAGACGCGUCCCUGGUGUCUAUGCCCCCCGAGAGCCUCCAGCCAGCCCCCGACCGGGGCAGCAGGGGCCAGCUCAUUGCCCAGCUGCAGGAGCUGCUGCACCACUGGGCCCUGUGGUCCGCUGUCAAGAGCCGCUGGGUGAUCGUGGGGCUCUUCGUCUCCGUCCUCAUUCUGUCCCUGGUCUGCGCCAGCCGGCUCCGCCCCGCCAGCCGGGCCCCCCUGCUCUUCCGGCCCGAUACCAACAUCCAGGUGCUGCUGGACCUCAAGUACAACCUGAGCGCUGAGGGCAUAUCCUGCAUCACCUGCUCAGGUCUGUUCCAGGAGAAGCCCCACAGCCUGCAGAACAACAUCCGGACAUCCCUGGAGAAGAAGAAGCGGGGCUCGGGGGUCCCCUGGGCCAGCCGACCUGAGGCCACCCCACAGGACUCCCCAGGCACCGUGUAUGUAUCCAAGGUGAAGAGUAAGGGCCACCCGGCUGUGUACAGGUUCUCCCUCAACGCCAGCCUACCCGCCCCUUGGCAGAUCGUGUCCCCCGGGGACGGGGAGGUACCUUCCUUCCAGGUGUAUAGAGCGCCUUUGGGUAACUUCACCAAGAAGCUGACCGCUUGUAUGUCUACAGUAGGGCUGCUCCAGCCGGCGAGCCCCUCCCGCAAGUGGAUGGUGACAACCUUGGCCUGUGACGCCAAGCGGGGCUGGAAGUUUGACUUCAGCUUCUACGCGGCCGCCAACGAGCUGCAGCACACGCGGAAAGUGUACUUUGCUCAGUCCCACAAGCCCCCUUUCCACGGGCGAGUGUGUGCAGCCCCUCCUGGCUGCCUUCUCAGCUCCAGCCCCGACGGCCCGACCAAAGGCUUCUUCUAUGUGCCCAGUGAGAAAGUGCCCAAGGCCCGCCUCUCGGCCACCUUCGGCUUCAACCCCUGUGUGAACACGGGCUGCGGAAAGCCAGCCGUGCGGCCACUGGUGGAUACAGGGGCCAUGGUCUUCGUGGUCUUUGGCAUUAUUGGCAUCAACCGCACGCGGCAGGUGGACAACCAUGUCAUCGGAGACCCGGGCAGUGUCGUCUAUGACAGCAGCUUUGAUCUCUUCAAAGAAAUUGGGCACCUGUGUCACCUCUGCAAGACCAUCGCGGGGAACUCAGAGCUGGUGAAGCCGGGCGGGGCCCAGUGCCUGCCCUCAGGCUACGGCACCUCCUCCUUCCUGCAGAUGCUGCAUCCUGAAUGCAAGGAGCUGCCUGAGCCCAACCUGCUCCCUGGGCAGCUAUCGCACGGGGCGGUGGGUGUCAAGGAGGGUCGAGUGCAGUGGAUCUCCAUGGCCUUUGAGUCGACCACGUACAAGGGCAAGUCCUCCUUCCAGACGUACUCGGACUAUCUGCGCUGGGAGAGCUUCCUGCAGCAGCAACUGCAGACGUUCCCCGAGGGCUCGGCCCUACGCCGAGGAUUCCAGACCUGUGAGCACUGGAAACAGAUCUUCAUGGAGAUCAUAGGGGUGCAGAGUGCACUGUAUGGCCUGGCCCUAUCCUUGCUCAUCUGUGUGGCAGCGGUGGCCGUGUUCACCACCCACGUUCUCCUCCUCCUGCCAGUGCUCCUGAGUAUCCUGGGUAUCGUCUGCCUUGUGGUGACCAUCAUGUACUGGAGCGGCUGGGAGAUGGGGGCCGUGGAAGCCAUCUCCCUGUCCAUCCUCGUCGGCUCCUCUGUGGAUUACUGCGUCCAUCUGGUUGAGGGCUACCUGCUGGCCGGAGAGAACCUGCCCCCCCACCAGGCUGAGGACGCCCACUCGCAGCGCCAGUGGCGGACCCUGGAGGCCGUGCGGCACGUGGGCGUGGCCAUCGUGUCCAGCGCCCUCACCACGGUCAUCGCCACGGUGCCCCUCUUCUUCUGCAUCAUCGCCCCGUUUGCCAAGUUCGGCAAGAUCGUCGCGCUCAACACAGGCGUGUCCAUCCUCUACACGCUCACGGUCAGCACGGCCCUGCUCGGCAUCAUGGCGCCUGGCUCCUUCACCCGGACCAGGACUUCCUUCCUCAAAGCCCUGGGCGCUGUGCUCCUGGCGGGGGCCCUGGGGCUGGCUGCCUGUCUCGUGCUCCUUCGGAGCGGCUAUAAGAUCCCCCUGCCCACUGGGGCCUCCCUAUAG